AGGUGCUCGGGUGCUGUUUUAAGAUUUUGAGCGAAACUGUUGCAAAAGAAAAAAAAAAUGUGCACGUUAGAAAAACCACGAGACAGUCUUCUGAGCCACCUGACCACUCGACAGGAAACAGCAGGCGCGCUUAUCUGUCGGCUUCAGCAACGAGCGACAGACGCUAACGAAACAGCAACUGAACUUCAAACGACAACGUUUACCUCCGUGGAAAGAAACCUGUUCGUUUCUCCCGUGGAUCCAGGUGAUUCUGGCUCGACUUCUGUUCUCAAAGGCCGGGGACAGGGGGAGCGUAAUUAAAAUGUAAGCGUCGAGACAAGACAAGACAGAUCGACACACCGCCGGGUUUGAUAAAAACAGGAAAAGGAAGGAAGAAGGAAGAAGGAAAAGAACUCAAUUUGAAAACAAAGCUAGGAGCGAUCCCUGUGCCAAUGAAAAGGAAACAGAAGCGCUGCCGCUGGGUUUGCGAAUGGCGUAACCAUCGUUUAGAGGGUCUGAAUGGAAUUCGCGUGUGUUCUUGCUGUCGGAGGGACGCCUGCCUUUUUGAAAAGUUUUUUCAAACUCUUGAAUGCAAGCAGAAGCGGCCGUAUCUUAAGCCUUUGGAAAUUUAAACCAGCAUAUUUUUAUUUUAGAUUUGUUAUGUAUUUUUAGAUAGCUAGAUAUAGAUAUUAAUUUACAUACCUAUAUGUAUGCGUCUCUGCUGAAAAAAAAAAAACGUUUUUUCCAGGACAAUUUAAUAAAAAUAAAAUCCUGCUGUGAAUUUUUUUUUUUUUUUUUUUUUUUUGAAAAAUUAGAUUUUUUGUUUUAAAUUAAAACCAACCUUCAAUCCGAUGAAGAUUCAUAGUGCGGACUCCCGCAGCUGUGUAAGAUCUAUCCCUGGAUGCUGGGUGCAGUCUCUGGAAUACAACACAAGUUCAAUCACUGAACACAAAGCGUCUUUAUUAUUGAAGCAUUGAGCAGACGCUUUUAUUCAAAGCGACUUACAGAGACUAGGAGGGUGAACUCUGCAUCAUCAACAACUGCUGCUGCUGCAGAGUCACUUCCAAUAGGAGCUCGUUUGUUUUACGUCUCAUCCGAAGGACGGAGCCCAAGGAGGUGAAGUGACUUGCUCAGGGUCACACACACACACACAGUGAGAUUUGAACCUGCUGGUAUCAAGACCCUUUCUUUAACCAUCGAACCAUCCUUUAUAUCUUAUGAGGCGCUUGUUUCUGCACAUGCGAGGUCCCACAAGCAAAGCAAAACCCAAAGAGGAUGGACUCGCGUGAGAAGACUUAUUCCCUCCCGCUGCUGAACGACUCUGCCCAGACCUUCCCCGUCCCAGCGGCUACGCCUCUCCCUCCCACGGACCAGGAGGAGGUCCCCUCGUCUCCGAAAACCUCAAACCCUGGCUCUCUGGGCGCCGGGAAUCCCCAGCCGUUUUCCAUCAGGCCUCUGGGAUUUCAGAAAUCUUGCCCCGAAAUCCGGAGGAACAGUCUGCAGCUGCGUCGGGAUUUCUUCGAGUCGCUGGGCGCCGACGGAGAAUCCCGAUCCGGAACGGAAAUAAAGUCUGGCUUCUUCGGAAAGGGACCGGCACCCCCCGUGCCUCGGAAACCGUCUGCUGAGAAAAUCGCCGCUGUAAAGAAGCGGCGCGGUAGUUUAAGUUUCGGGCCGGGUCAAGGACUUGUGGAUUCUACCAAGACCGGACACCCAGAAGGUCCAAAAGACAGCAUCGCACGUGUAGCCAAGGGCUGGAGCUCUGAGCUUAAUCACAUUAUGGACCUAAGCAGACCACAGCCUAGCGCCUUGACCACUGAAGAAGGUUUACCAAGAAAGACUGGAUCACAGCCUUCUGCACCUGCGACAGCCGGACCUGUCAAACCAACAGCCGAGCAAAGGGUUGGGUUUGGAAUUACUGGUGCAAGCAAGAUCCGACUGGGGGAUGACGAAGCUUCGACUAGAGCAAAUGAAAGGGGCUCUGGAUCUCGUGUCCCAGACCUGGAGGGUCAAAGCCCCGGGCUGGGGGUCGGUGCUAACGGAGGGUACCCGGGUUUGAAUCAGCGGAGCGGCGGAAAGGGUUUGGUCAACACGAGGACGGUCGUUUUUAAGAGCGAUGCUUCGACGACCCUCAGGUUUGGGGGGCGGCCGGGCGGGGCAGUGAAGGAGCGGGACUGGUUUCGGAGCAGCGCGAAAGUGCAACUGAGGAAACCGGAAGUGGCGAGUGCUCUGUGCCGGGCUGAAUCCAGUCCGGGACUCCCCAGAGAGAUCGGGGGCAAGCCCGUGAAAGCCAUCGCGGUCGUCAACCAGAGCCCGAAGCUCAGUUUCUGCCGAGCUGUGGAGCGACACGGGCCGCUGAAGACGACGUCGGCAAAGCCAGAGCCGGUAGAGAAGACAGCCGGGCAGUCCACGGAGCACUUGAAGCUCCAGAGCUCUGAAACCCCACGGAGGAGCGAUUCCAGAACCGGGAGGAAUUUGGGCAACAUCCAGGGAGAUCCGGCGUCGAUUCCAGGACCGGAUGAGAGGGAUCACGAGAGGAAAGCGCCUGGAGGAACGGAGAGGAGGAGACGGGAAGGUUCUGGAAGCGAUGACCAGAAGACUGCUGUGAUAGUCAGGAGUUUGUCGGUCAAAAAUCGGAUCAAGUGUUUUGAGAUGCUGGAAAACCGGACUGGAAAAGAAGGACCAGCUCAGCCAGACCAGGGCAAGCCAGGCCCGGCUGGGGUCUCAUCUCUGAAGAAGAGUUUCUCUGACAGGGCGGUCUGGCAUCCGGGGAUGGAGACCCCCAAUACGGAUUUGGGGAAGGGAGGGAGGAAGCCGUGGGAGACGUCGGUGAUCCGGACAGCUUCUCUCGACGGCCAUGUGAAGAGGAAGAUCCCGCCUUUCACCGCCAACGGAGAGUCCCGGAAGGAGAGGAACGCCGGGAAAGGAAACGACGGAGUCGCCAACCAGGGACGUUCCCAGCCUUCGGAUCCCAGAUCGACAGCGGGGUCCCGGGGAGACGAUCUUCUCGGGGCGCGCUCCGCAAGGGAGGAAGAAGACGACGAAUUCUCGGAUGCGAGCACCGUGGAGCAGGAGGAGAGCAGUUCCGGAUCGGAAUCCGACCGGGAAGUGGUUCUAGAUUCCGCGGAACCCAACAAGAACCGGGACACGCGACGCAAUGCCAACGACAACCCAAGCGUCUCCUCGGAUUCCGGAGCAGUCGACAAGGCGGCUUUGAGUCUAGAGUCCUCCUCAGUCCAGCCGGGUCGGGCUGGGGUUACCCCAGGCUCUGUGUUGAGGUCACAGAAGCUGGGUACCCCCUCUUUUCUUCUGACCUCGUCUCCGGUGGUGCUUGAUCCCGCUGGCUUGGGAAGCUGGCCCGGUUCCCUGUCGCAGUGGACCCCGGACCAGUCCGAUGGUUCUGGUUCUGACUCGGAGGACUCUGUGUUGACCCCCCCCAGCGAGCUGAGCCAGGCCAGGAGCUUCUCUGUCAGCCUGGCUGAGUUGCGUGAAUUUGGGUUGGACAGUCCCAGAGACCGCACUGCGUCCCUCAGCUCCAACAUGUCCGUCCUGUCCGUCGUAUCCCUCAUCCCCGGGGAGGAGCUGGACAGACUGCUGGAGGACGUCAGGGAGCUGGGGGACGAGAGCCUGCAGCGCGAGACAGAUGUCCAGGUGGUGGUCCUUCACAAGGAGGAAGGGGCGGGACUCGGGUUCAGCAUCGCCGGGGGCGUCGACCAGAACAAGCCGGUCACGGUCCACAAGGUCUUCCCCCACGGAAUAGCGGCCCAGGAAGGAACGAUCCAGCAAGGAGACACCGUGCUGUCAAUCAACGGCAGCUGCCUGCGGGGCUCCUUCCACUGCGAGGCGCUGCGGAUCCUGCGCAAGGCCCGCCUACCCGCCCAGGCCAUCGUGGUGCUGCAGAAAGGGGGCGCCGGCGAGCACCCGGCACACGGGGGCCCCUCCCCCAGCCUCGCUCUGCCCAGCACCGCUACUGCCAAGCAGGGCCGCGGCACAGCUGAGCUCAACGGGACAGUCACCGUGGAGCUGAACAAGGACUCCUCUGGACUGGGAUUCAGUCUGGAGGGGGGCAAGGGUUCGAGUCAGGGCGACCGGCCAAUCACUGUCAAGAAGGUCUUCUUGGGAGGUCCGGGGGAGGCGGUCCAGCCCGGUGAUGAGAUUCUGGAGGUCCAAGGACGCAGCAUGCUGGGAAUGAUGCGACUGGAGGCCUGGAAGUGGAUCAGAACCCUGCCGGCCGGGCCCGUCACGCUGGUGAUCAGAAAGAAUCCCAGAACCUGAACCGAGCCAGCGCUGGAAACACAAAGAAAAAAUCAGAGACUCCCAGAGCAGCUGGAGAGCCAGUCCAGGAUUUACACACGUUCUGUGAGCUUAUUAUACAUAUUAGCGGGAGCAGUAACUCCCAUUGCAAAGCAGUUUGAACCAGUCCAGGUUUUACAUGCAUUCGUUCUGUCUGAAUAAUAAUAAUAAUAAUAAUAAUAAUAAUAAUAAUAAUAAUAAUAAUAAUAAUAAUAAUAAUAAUGACAGCAGUUUGAGCCAGGCCAGUAUUGAUAUUCAUUUAUUUUAUGAGCUUAAUAUUAAUAAUAAGGCUCCCAUUGCAUGAAUGCUAAAACCUGGACUGGCUCAAAAUGCUCUUCAACGGGAGUCUCAUUAUUAUGACGCUCAGAGAAUGAAAACGCACUGACUUAGUUCCACCCCUACAGUCUGAAUAAUACAGAUCGCGCUAAGUCUCUUUGGGAGUUGUUAAUCUUGUCAAAGCUGCCUUAAAAAUGUGAAAUAAAUAAAUAAAUAAAUGAA